AUGGGCUCUUGCUCUACUGCUCAUAUAGCAACACUGCUCAUGAUAGUGCUAUGUAGCAUGCUGUUACUAUGUGAAGGGAAGCAGCUGAGCUCCAAGUUCUAUGAUUCGAGCUGCCCCAAUGCCUUCUCUACCAUCCGCACCGCCAUUCAUGCCGCGAUAUCGGCAGAGAGGCCCAUGGGAGCCUCCCUUAUUCGCCUCCACUUCCACGAUUGCUUUGUCAAUGGUUGCGAUGCAUCGCUGCUGUUGGACUCGACUUCCUCUUUCGAGAGCGAACAGAAUGCCAUUCAGAACAUCGAGUCUGCUAGAGGCUUCCAAGUCAUUGAAAAGGCAAAGUCGAGAGUGGAAAGCAUAUGUCCAGGUGUGGUCUCCUGUGCCGACAUCCUUGCAGUUGCAGCAAGAGACUCUUCUGUAAAGUUGGGAGGUCCAUCGUGGACUGUAAAGCUAUGGCGAAGAGACUCUGCAACGGCAAGCAAGAGUGAGGCAGAGAGAGAACUCCCUCUCUUCACCACUCCCUUGGACAGUCUCAUCUCUCUCUUCCGCAGAAAGGGACUCAGUGCCAAAGACUUGGUGGCUCUCUCUGGUGCACACACCAUAGGCCAAGCCCAGUGCUUCACAUUCAGAGACAGAAUUCACAACCACACCAACAUCGACUCUGGCUUUGCUCGCAAAAGGCGUAAUCGCUGCCCUUCAAAUGGUGGGGACUCGAAGCUCGCACCGCUUGACCUUGUUACACCCACUAGCUUCGACAACAACUACUUCAAGAUUUUGAUGCAGAAAAAGGGUUUGUUGGAAUCAGAUCAGGUGCUGUUUAAUGGUGGAUCAACUGAUGAGAUAGUGAGGUCAUAUAGUAAGAGUCGCAGUGCUUUCUACUCGGAUUUUGCGGAGGCUAUGGUGAAGAUGGGGGAUAUUGAGCCUCUUACUGGAUCAGCUGGGCAGAUUAGGGCAAGGUGCUCCGUGCCCAAUUGAUUGAU